AUGCUGCAGCUAGGCGAUGAUGUCUCCCUUUACUCAGUCGUGUUCGUGGUGGUUCUGCUGGCCACUCGGAGCCCGGUGUGGUCCGGCGUCCUCGCCGGCUGUCUCUACUUGUUCCUGGCCAUGUUCCGCUUCCCGCAGCUGCCGGCCAGCCGAGCCCGACAAGUGCUUCACCCGGUCGGAUCCGGGAAGGUGUCCGUGGUUGCCCAUCGGGGAGGCGGACACGACGCACCGGAAAACACAAUAGCGGCCAUCCGGCUGGCCAGCAAGAACGGGGCGUCCGGAGUGGAACUAGACCUGGAGUUCUCUGCAGACGGAGUCCCAAUCCUGAUGCACGAUGAGAGCGUGGAUCGAACCACAAAUGGAUCAGGCCUCCUCAGUCAAAUCAGAUAUGCUGACCUGAGUAAACUUGAUGCAGCCGCUAAACAUCGACUCAGGGACAAGUUUGCUGGUGAAAAAAUCCCAAGACUGGAACAGGCAGUGGAGGAAUGCAUCAAACUGCAGCUCACCAUAUACUUUGAUGUGAAAGGACAUCCAGACGAGGCAGCUGCAGCACUUUCAGCUUUGUACAAGAAGCAUCCAGUCCUUUACAACACCAGCAUUGUCUGCUCCUUUGAGCCCAAGGUCAUCUACAAGAUGCGUCAUACGAACGCACAGGUGCUGACUGCGCUGACCCACAGGCCCUGGAGCCUGAGCCGUUUUGGCGACGGCUCCCCACGUUACCAGUCACUGUGGAAACAAAAUUGGCUGACAUUAAUGGAUAUCGUGUUGGACUGGGCCCACCAUCACUUGCUGUGGAAGCUCUGCGGCAUUUCUGCCUUCCUGGUGCAAAAGAACUUUGUCUCGCAUUUGUCGUGUCAUCCCCCCCCCCAGGGACUAUGUGCAGUACUGGAGCCAGAGGGGGGUGGAGGUGAUUGCCUGGACCGUAAACAAUGGCGUGGAGAAACAACACUACCAGGAGCUUCUGAAAGUCGGCUACAUCACAGACAGCCUUGUGGAGGACUGUGACCCUCACUACUGACAUUCCGACUUGCACUGAGAGAAAAUCACACUAGAACUCCUCUCGUGCCACUUUUUAGUACGUACAUGUGUUUAUGUACUGUAUACACCACUCGGAGAAAGUUAAGAGAAACAGAAUCCAGCUAUUGAAUGCCGUUUCAAGAUUAACUUAAAAUGCAUGAAAACCUUUGCAGGUGAAAUUAAUUUUACCUUCUCUCAACUUUUGAAUGCACACGUACAAUUGUUGACUUGCCUCAUUAUGUUUUUUACAUAAUUCUUAAUAUUUCUUUUAAAAUUUACGGAGAAGCCCAAACUGAAUUAUGGAUGGGAUGGAUGCGUCACGCUCGCCUGGCCGCUUCACAACGCACUUUGGGUGGUCGCUAAUAUGCCGACAGCCCUGCUGAUGUUUUCAUACAUCUCACGUCUGUAAAACGGUGGCUCUCGUUAGUAAAUGUAGUGGUAUAUGUAAGCAGCAAAUUGGAAACAGUUGGCCUGAGAUUAUCAAGCAGAAAGAAUUUAAUUCAAAUGAAAGAAAAUCUGCAAGUAAAUCUGACCGUUUUGGUUCUUUGAGCACAAUUUGCUGUUCUCCAACAAGUAGAAGAAUGGCAAAAUUCACAACAGCUGUUUCAUCCACGAAGGAGCCAAUAUGCCUUUCUAUCUCUCUUCUAUUUUGUCUGUGGUAACCUGCUUAUGACACUGUCAAGGGCCGGCGAGAGGGAAAAGCGAACAAAGUGCCUGUUUUGGGCCCUCUGAGGAGGAAUUGUCUGUCUCUCUUUUUUAAACCCUGUGACGAUUUUCUUCAACACAAAUGUGAAGUGACCAAAAAUCGAAUUUUGUUUAGGGGCCUACUAAGGUAAACCCACUUCAUUCACAAUGGUGAGAUACUUAAUGAUACAUUUCUAAGUUGUCUUGGUCUCAUGAUUUCACAAUGUAAACAGCAUGGAAAGGAGUGUUGUAAUUGAAUCAGGAAAUGCUUAUUUCAUAGAUCAAACACUAGUUACAGAACAGCAAGUUGUCUAAAAAUCUGAAUCCAUGAAUAUUAGGGUGUGCAGAAGUUUAGAGGCCAAAUUAUGUUUACCUGUGAAAGUGUUGUGCAGUUUAGCUUCAUCCUGAAAUUUCACCUAAAGCUGUAAUACCCCUAAUCUUGUGUAAGUAGGAUCAGAGGCACGUCAUCCCAAUCAAAGUGGGUUACAUUGUGUGUCAUGAAGACGCAGUAAGAGGUCUGUCAAGGUCUGCCAUGUCACAUUCCCUCGCCAUGUGGCCAACAAGCAAUAAACGUGGCCUAAUGUCUGCAAUGAAACACUGGCCACAUCAUCCGAAAUCUAAGUUAUUAAGCUGGUUAAUUUUUUUUUUUUUUACACUUGAUAUACACAAAAAAAAAACCUUGUGAAGAAUACAUUUUCCAUUGUUUAUAUGACAGUUUAAUAUGGAAGUCACCUCAGGACAUUGCCUCCAAUCAAUCAUGCAGCUUCAUUUGUUAUUCUAUGGACUCUGAUUGUGAAAGAUGAUAAAUGGAUGUACGAUAGGAACAUAAAAGUCUUCUGAUUUUACACUGGUACUUUCACUCUUGGCCAGUGCACUCAGGUGAGUGACCCACAUAGUAAGAGACAAGCAGACAAGGUGAUGAUAUCAGUCAGGAUAAACCUGUCUGGGGAAAUUAAAUGUAUUUGAUAUUUUUUUUAAAUGCCAUGGUGAAAGAUAUUACUGCAUGUAUAUAAAUAAAUGGUAUAAUAUUC